AUGAGUAAGCCUGAUGCCGCAAAUCCAUCUAGGGUUGAAGGCAAAGUUGAUGCUGUAGGUCUACAUCAGUGUUACUCCUCUACAAAUUGUGAAGAUCAGAAUACUUUUAAUGGUUCAGAAAGCUGCUUAGUGCCCAAAGAGGAAAGAGUAGAUCCAAUUGGAAAACAAUUUUCUAAGAUACUGAGUCCAGAAAAUAAAUUCUUACUUGUUAAGAAAGGAGAAGAAAAGAAGCAAAACAGAUUUUUUCUUGAAGAAUUAUCAGAAGAAGACAUAAUUGUGAAUGAUUUAUGGCAAAAAAUCAAAACAUUGCCUUGUAGAGAGGGUUGUGGAGUUUUUGAUUCUGUUUGGAAAUACUCUUUUGACAAAAUGGUUCAGCUUUUUGUCAACCUAGAAUCUUCUAAAACUGUGGAACAUGAUCUAGAAACAUUUAUGCAAAUAUGUAAUGACAUAUUUGAAAACAUUUAUACAUACAAAGAUGAAAAGGAAGGCCUUUCAGUUAAAGGGAGUGUGAAUGAACACCUUGUAAAGUCUGCACAAGUGGGAACCAACAAGGAGAAAUUCUUUGGGAGCAAUUGCAAAAAUACCCUUCAAGCGUACUUCACAGAGAGAGAUACUGAGGGGCUUCCAGCUGUCAUACCUUUAGAUAAAUCUAGAAGAAAUGAAGAGUUCAG